AAUUUAAGGACUAACCUUUGCUCUUGCCGUCUUCCUCAGUUCACCACUUUGUUUACCUCUUGGAAUACUACUUCGCCACCAUGACCGGGAGCAAGUCUCGCCACAGAAGGGCUCGUGCGGCUGCGGCGAAGCUGAGGGAAUCCCAGCAAUGCCGUCCCUGUGCUGCUGUCGAGGUGCCUUCUGCGCAAGAGUCUUCAAGGGCGUCGCAGCCCGCGACUGCCACCUUCAGGCGAUCCUCCGUUCUUGCGCAUCUUUCUAUGUCUUUCACAACUUAUCAUCCCCUCCUUUUCUUACCUUCUCUCAAUCGUAUAUUCAGGUCGGGCGGCCUUAGUUUUCCCGCAGCCCUCCUGCCUGCGGAAACAUCUUCCACGGAGCCAAGUUCUCAAAGCAGCGAGAAGCCCCGCUACGAGAUCGGGCCCAUUUUAGAAAUGGUUAUGGGCGAUUUCUGCGUCGAGACGGCGGACAGAAGCGCCCUCGCCGAUGAAUUUGCAUAA